GUAACGGAGUGUGACGGACCGCUCAUGCCGGUGAUCUAUGGCCGCCAUAGCAUGCCAUAGGUCUUCGGAUUUUUAUCACAGUUCUCUCAGCACCGUCUCACUUGUAUUCUGCGAUGCCAUUUGGUACCGUCACUCUCAACGAUGGAAACGAGUUCCCUACGAUAGCGUUUGGCACGGGAUCCACCAUGAAAUUUAAGGAUGUCACAGACUACGUGGGCCAGGCCAUAGAUAAUGGGUUCUCCCAUAUCGACACGGCUCAGUUUUAUCAGACAGAAAACUAUGUGGGCCUGGCUAUCAAGGAGAGCGGUCUUCCUCGCUCGAGUCUGUAUAUCACCACUAAAUACAGCGGGACUGGAACGCCACUGCAGGCUAUUCAACAAAGCCUAAACAAGAUUGGCCUUUCUUAUCUUGAUCUGUAUCUGGUACACUUCACGAGUGCUUUGCCUGACUUUGAGUCUGGGUGGCAAGAAUUUGAACAGAUGAAGAAAGAUGGGUUAACAAGGAGCAUUGGUGUCAGCAAUUUUACCAUGGAGGACCUACAGAAACUCCUGAAGACAGCGGUUACAAAACCUGCUGUUAACCAAAUUCCAUUCCAUCCAUACAACUAUGCUUCACACAAAGCUCUGCUUGUGUACUGCGCAAAGCAGAAUAUCAUAGUGGAAGCAUAUGGAAGUUUGAACUCUAUUACGCAGAAUCCUGGAGGACCAGUCGAUGCAGUUGUCAACGCGGCUGCUAAGCGUAUCGGUGCAACCCCUAAUCAGGUGAUCUUCUCCUGGGUCAGAAGCAAAGGUGUGGCAAUCGUCACGACGAGUCGGACCAAGGAGCGCCUUCAAGAGUACCUCGCCGUUGAAGAUCUUCCCUCCCUUACCGCUGAAGAAAUCGCUGCCAUUGACGAAGCCGGUGCUAAAGGCCCUCCAUCCCAGCUGAUGGUCGCGAGGCUGGCCAUGCAACACAAAUUUCAAAGGGUCCCAUCGCUGUUCGUAUGGCUGGUCCUUGCGGUUAUUUUUGGCUUGGUCAGGUUUUUCAUGUUUUGGAGUCGUACGGGAGACAUCCAGUAGAGUUACCAAACGUAGAGGUAGCCCUUCUGAUUCGUGUCAAUCAUCUCUUUCGGGGGUGUGUUUUUAUUGUGGUGUCAGUCUCACAUACACACGAGCGGGGUUUAGAGCAUAGUCUUUGGAUGAAUGGAAUACGCCUCCAGCGGCUCUUGAUCCUCGUCA